AUGACCCAGGAGGGGCAGGCUCUGCCCUCUCCCACCCCACCAGAGAACCCAGUGGAGCCCAAUACAGCCACUACAACCACCACUGAUCCACCCACAGAGACACACAACCAGGCAGAGAAGGACAGGCUGGGGGCAAGGGCAAAGGACGAAAUAGACGAGGGGAAACAACAAGAAGAGAUCAGAGAGAGAGAGGAGGAGGCACAGGGGCAAACACAAGGGGAUGGAGAGGGGAGGGAAGGAGUAAAUGAUGAGGGAGGAGAGGGAGAGUUGAAAGAGGAGAAGGUUGGUGAUGAGGAUCAGCAGACAGACGGAGGGGUGGAGGGAGAGAGGGAAGGCACAAGUGGGGAAGGAUGUAUGAAUGUGGAGGUAAACUCAACAGGGGAGGAGGCAACACAUGAGGCAGAGGGGAUGAAAGAAGAAGAGGGGGGGAAGGAAAAUGAAGAGAUGCAGCCGUCUGCAAAGGAGGAGGCCGCUCACCCUCAACAAGCUGGACGACUGGCAAAUGGCAUAGGUGGGAAUGAGGACGAUGAUGAAGCGGGUGAGGAGGACGAGGGAGGAGAUGAGGGGGGGACACAUACACACUUGGACACUUUCAGCUCUAACUUUGAGACUACUGUAGAGCAGGCUGACACAGAAGUGGAGGAAGAGGAGGAAGAGGUCCAGAAAGAAGGUGAUGGGAGAGAGAACCAGGACAGUUUCAGCUCAGUGUUUGAGCAGAUUGUUGAACAGGUUGAUGUUCAGGAGGAGGAAGAGGAGAGGGAGUUGGAGGAAGAGAUGGAGAAAGGUAAGGUGGACAACAAAGACGGCUUCAGCUCCACGUUUGAGCGCAUCGUAGAGUCUGCCCUGCUCAGGGGCGGGACCUGCUACAGCAGCCUAGACUCUCUGGACGUGCUGUCACUCACAGAUGAGACGGACAGCUGUGUCAGCUUUGAGGCACCACUGACACCGCUCAUCCAACAGAGGGCACUGUUACAGGGUCCUGAACCCCUGGAGCUGGAGCUCGCAACUGUUCUGGAGCAAGAAGGGGCUGAGACCGGACCAGAUGUCCAAGGUGGGGAUCUCACGGAUGAUGAGAGUGCUGUCCGGGAAGCUGGAGCUGUUGCUGGAGUAGGAGGAAGCCCGUUAAGGACCACCAUACCUGGGAGCAGGUCAGAGUUUGUGCUGAGCCAGCCCGGACGCUGGGCCAUCCCCAAUGGAUACCAUACAGACUCCCAGGGAGCCAUAGAAGGUUGUGGAGCCAUGAUCAACUCUGUCAGUGAUGCCAACCUCACAGACGUGCUGUCUGACUCAGACGAGUGCGAUCUGGGCAGUCUGGAGCGUUUGGAGCGCGGCAGCACUGACACUCUGGCCAAUGGCUGCCGAGCCGACUGUGAGGCCGCCAAGAGGCUGGCCAAACGCCUCUAUCACCUUGAGGGCUUCAAACGCUGUGAUGUGGCCAGACACCUGGGCAAGAAUAAUGAGUUCAGCCAGUUGGUGGCAUCAGAGUACCUGAGUUUCUUUGAUUUCUCUGGCCUGUCGCUGGAUCGAGCCCUGAGGAACUUCUUAAAGGCUUUUCCACUGAUGGGAGAGACCCAGGAGAGAGAGAGGGUCCUGGUGCAUUUCUCUAGACGCUUCUGCCACUGCAACCCACAGACACCCACCUUUGAAGAUGGAGCCCACACAUUAACCUGCGCCCUCAUGCUGCUCAACACCGAUCUGCACGGACAUAACAUUGGGAAGAAGAUGUCUUGCCAGCAGUUUAUCAGUAAUCUAGAUGGUCUCAACAAUGGCAAAGAUUUCCCUAAAGACUUAUUAAAGGUCUUGUAUAACUCAAUCAAGAAUGAGAAGCUUGAGUGGGCAGUUGAGGAGGAGGAGCUGAGGAAGAGUCUGUCAGAGCUGGUGGAGGAGCAAUGUGAGGGUGGGAGUAAGCGUGUUGCCAGGGUAACGGAUGGCAGUAACCCUUUCAUCGCCAUUCCCAUUCUCUUAAAUGCUGUCACCUACAAACACGGAGUGCUGACUCGCAAGAGCCAUGCAGACAUGGACGGCAAACGCACUCCGAGGGGUCGCCGCGGUUGGAAGAAGUUCUAUGCGGUUCUGAAGGGGAUGAUCUUGUAUCUCCAGAAGGAUGAGUACAAGCCUGAUGCCGACAUUUCAGAGGUGGACCUGAAGAAUGCAGUGCGCAUCCACCAUUCUUUAGCCACUCGUGCCACAGACUACAGCAAGAGAGCCAACGUACUGAAACUCAAAACCUCAGACUGGAGAGUUUUUCUGCUGCAGGCCCCGAGUGAGGAGGAGAUGAUGUCUUGGAUCUUCCGAAUAAACCUGGUGGCAGCGCUGUUCUCUGCUCCGGCCUUCCCUGCUGCCAUCGGCUCCAUGAAGAAAUUCUGCCGGCCCAUCCUGCCGUCCUCAUCCACCAGACUCAAGCAGGAGGAGCAGCUGCUGAGUCAUGAGAGCAAGCUGAAGCAGAUGAGCCUGGAGCUGGAGGAGCACCGGAAAAACUCGCCCUCAGCCGACCCCAAAAGCCGCGAGUGGGAGGAGUUCCGACUCAAAGAGCACUACCUCACGUACGAGAAGACUCGGUAUGAGACGUACAUCAGCCUCCUGCAGGCCAAAAUCCGCGCCGAGACGGACGACCUUGAGAAGAUCGAGGCCAGCGUGAUGGGUGGCCUGAUCAUGGAGGGUGGCCUGGCCGGCCGUGAGUGCCACCUCCGCAAGACGCAGUCCUCCCCGUCCAUCAGCCAGGCUCACGGCGGGCUGAAUGGGAGGGCUGCUGGAUGCGCUGCCCCAGGACAGAGGAGUUGAGGGGAGGAAGGAGGACCAGAGACCACAGCCCACAAAACGACAUCCCUCCAGGCCAAACUAGCUUAAUCCCCCAACUCCUUACUAUGUUUAUUUUUUUGUUUGUAUUUUGUGCUUUGGGCUCCUUCGUUCCUCCUGACCGUCACUAUCGUUCCCAGAAUUUAUCAACCCCGGUGAUAAGUUUCUGUCCUUGAGCAAUAGAUGAAGAAGAUGAAGAGCCUGCGCUUGAUACCCGACAAGUGACCCUGCCAAACCUCAGUUCUUUGAACUUUUAUUAUUGCACAUUGAAAUGAUCAUAACUGUGAUCACUAUUUAUAACAACAUCAUCAGUAUUAUUUUGAAAUGAAACUGAAGCAAUGCAGUUGACUUUAGUUGAAAUGUGUUUCUCGUUAUGAGCAGAGCUUUGAGUAAUUUAUAAUGUAUUAUUUUGAGGCCAGAGAACAAAGAAAGACAGACUGGUUUCCCUUUGUCCUCUCUGUCCUGUCCUCGUCCUGCAGUCCAGGAGUCAGGCAGUGAUUCACAUGGAGAUGGUACUGCUGUAGCAUUUUGCCCCCCCUUUUUUUCCACUCAUGUUUACACACCCAACCACUCGCAGGGGUGUGUAUGGACCUACAGUACAGUAUGGGUGGAGUAUGGUGUGUAAAGAUGCAACAUAUCUGUCCUAGAGCUACAAAAACUCUCAAAAGAACUUCUCAGAAGGAUCAAGGCCCUGCCAUGUAUAGCAUAUUUAUUUAUUUAUUUAAUUCUACAAACCUUUAUUCACCCCAGGAAUGGUUUACACUGAGCUCGCUCGCUCUUUCUCAGCAGUUUCCUUCUUGACGUUCAGUUACAUGCAUUUGUAAGUGUAAAGGAGCUGCCGAGUGGAACGGCCAUGGAUUUAACUGUUCACUAAGGUGUUCCACCAGAGGAACUGGAGGUUGAGUGCCUUACUCAAGGGCACCUUGACACUAGUUUUUGAGGGAUUUGGAAAAUGUUAGUCAGUCACUUAUCAGAGAGAGUCUGUCUUGUGACUUUUAAGCUGCCGCUACCCCAAAUUCUGAUAAGUAUUCAAUUAUUCUGUUUUGUUUUUCUUACAACUCAAAUCUAAACUGAAGAGGAUAAUGUCAUGUGACUGGAUGAAAGCACUGUGCCAUGUUCUGUUUUGUCCCACAAACUACCCCUCUUGUAUCACGAAGGACAGCACUGAGCUGAAAGAGCUCAUAUGUAACAACAUAUGGUUGGGUGUGAAGUUCCUGAAGAUCGAAAUGAAGGGCAGAACAGCAAAGCGUGGGUGGGAGGCGGGCCGUAUGAGUGGGUCAGUUGGUUUGUGUGUGUGUGCGUACAUGCAUGUGUGUGUGCGUGCUCUUUUUAACUGGUUCCAGUUGAGAUGUUGAAGCUGUAGGCAACGAGAAGAUGUGAAUAUAGCAGGGUCACGCUUUUAUAUGAAGAAUUUAUCGAGCAUGUUUGGUGAGAAACAAUUCAAUGGCCUUCUGCUGAAUAAGACGUAACAAUCAGGCCUGGAUCUCUCAAAAGCAUCUUCAGCAAAAAGGCAGCCCUCAUCCUCGUGACAAAAGAUUUACCUUUACCUCUUCAAACAGAAAAUCUGACCAAUCUAUGUUCUGAUUUACAUGGACCUAUCAGAGCUCGUUUAGCCUCGCAUUGGGCAUUUACCAGGUGUGUACGGGUGUGGUCCUUCCGCUGCCACCCUUCCUAACAGAUGAAGAUGUUUUUGGGAAAGCAGGCUCUGGCGUCCCUUAGACAGAGACUGGCUGAUUGGAGAGUGUAGCAGCAGGACUGCUCCAGCUUAUUGGCUAAAGUCAAGAAAGAUGUCAGCAUACUGGAACGGAGAGGAGAACAGCAUCAAAACAACUCCACCAGCAGAGUAGCCAUCAAAACAUCCCCGAUGUGGGUGAGGAGGAGGAGGAGGAGGAGGAGAAAAGACUUGUUUUCUAAGAAGAAGAGACUGGUUUUCUAUGUAAGACCACCUCUGCCGGCCAGGAACAGUCAUCCAGCACACAUUUUUCCGAACAGAGGAACACAACAUAUUAAGCCUGUUUCUCAUGGGAAAGGACUUGUGUACUGCUGUGAGGAAGUGGGGAUGUGGCGAGAGGGGUGGCGGUACCGCUGUUUGUGAGCACCUUAAUUGAUCCCAAACCACCCAACCACACACACACACACACACACACCUUUCCUCUUUCUACGUAAUUUGCUUAUGACACAACUGUAGAUCAGUGAGCUUAGUGCCCCCUCACUCAGCCUCAGUGUGGCACAGAAGCAUGUUGGUAUAGCCAGAGCUGUGGAUAUCGACAGUAUGAACAAUCAUAUCUUUGGCUCUGGACACAGUGCUUCUGCUGCUUUGUAUAUCAUAUUAAUAGUGACUGAUGGGGUCUGCUAUCAUUUUGGGACUUGGCUGGAAACCCGGAAUCCUGGAACUGGAUCCUUGUACAGACCAAAAUGCUGAAGUGGAGUUGAGUUUUCAGAGAGAAAGUACCAUUUUAUAAAGCUGUAUUGUUAGGAUAAAUAAUUGCUUUCUUACAGGGAGACUUCCCCUUAUAGUCACUUUGGCUGUUGUGCUAACCAUUGUUUCCCAAUGUUCUAGGGUAGGCCUGUGCUGUAAUAUAGGAUUGUGACGACAAAUAUUUGUUGAUUGUUAUGUUUUAUUUAAAAAAUGACAACUUCGGCACUUUGAUGUCAGCAUUGGAUCUGUCUUUUUGUUUGUAUAUCGGAACUGUUUUUUGACAGGAUGCUCAUACUAUGUAAAGGACAUAUUUACUGAAUAUUUAGUCUGUGCUUCAUAAAGUAAGCUUUUAUACAGAUGAUUGUGUUGAUGAUUUAUUAAGAUUGUCGCUGACAACUUUGAUAUUCGUAAUUUGUGUAAUGCGAAGUGUUCUUCAGCUGUU